CGCCUAAACCGGUGUGGCGUUUUCAAAAUAGUCCCAAAAAGGGGUUUAUCUACUAGGACAAGUUUAUGUAAUUGCCGCUACCGAUAAUACGAAACUGUGAGUUCAGUUUAACUUUUCUCUUUUUGCUUACAAACACUUCAAUCUCAAAUUGUCGCUUUUCCAACAAAGUCACUUUCAAAUUUCAGGGAUAAAGGUAGCCGGAGAUCAUAUUACACUCUUGGGUAGCUAGCCUUUCUUUUAACAUUUACAGCCAGUUAAUCAGCUGGCUUGCUAGUUGGCUAUGAAAGUCGAAUGAAUUGAUAAUUUAUAUAUUUUUUACAAAUAGACUUCAUGUGUAUUCGCCGAUUACAUAUUGUGAAGCUACACUGGGCAACUUUCGGAAACUCUUUCAAGUAAACUAGCUAGUUGCAGGCGCGCGUCAAAGUCAUAUCCUCAUUUUUGUUCCAAACAUAACGGGCUAGCUUAGUUAACUGGCUUGUUUGGCAAAAUCAUCCGCUUUCUGUUGGGGGUCAUCGUGGCUAAUGGUGUUUGACACACUUCCGUUGACAGUAUUUGUAUAGCUAGCUAGCUACGUUCGGUAACAAUUUUGACAUAGUGGAGUUGACUGCUCGCUGAAUAGACUCCUUUGAACUGAAUCGCGUCCCUUACAUUGUUGCCACAUGAGGAGUCACUGGAUUAGGGUGGGUGUUUUUGGGUCGGCGGCAUUAGGGUCCAUGUUGUGGUCGGAGAAAAAAACGGUAGCCGUCCCGACGGAUUCUGGGAAGUUUUCUGAAAAUCAUGGUCAUCAGUCUCCCUACGAGCUCAAGCUAGUCCAAAUCCUGUUCCGGCACGGCGCCCGGACUCCCCUGAAGUCCAUACCGGACGUAAUGGAGGCGCAGUGGGUCCCCAAUCUUCUGAAAGUCCCAGCUCACACUGAGGUGAAUUACAUAGUUACAGACCUGAGUGGUGGGCCCCGCCCCCCUGCUCCCAUGGAGGACAGCUACAGAGCAAGUACCCUUACGGGUGGGACACAUCCUGGUCAGCUGACCACAGUGGGCAUGCAGCAGCUGUACGAUCUGGGAAAGAGAAUGAGGAAGAGGUACAUCGAGGAUGUGCCCUUCCUCGCACCUGAGUUCAACCCUACUGAAGUCUAUGUGCGGUCCACCAACAUUGUGAGGACAAUAGAAUCUGCCAAGUGUCUUGUGGCGGGCUUGUUCCACCAGAAGCAGGGAGACAUUGUGCCCAUCGUUACAACGGAAGCUGAGAGCGAGGUCCUCUACCCCAACUACCAUGGCUGCAAGCUUCUCAAAUUCUUGAGUGGCCAUCGCUGGGCGGAGUCUUUGCAGCUCCCGGACAUUGCUAGGGACCUGAAGAAGCUCCAGGGCGCGCUGGGAAUCGCUGCGCACCAGCGGCUCGACUUCAUCCUGAUCCGGGACGACAUGGUGGCCAGAGAGACGCAUGGUUUGCCCUGUCCGCCUGUGCUGAACACCUGGAGGAGUACGGUGGAGCAGAGAGCGGUGGACAUGAUGUGCCACAUCUACGAGCCCAGCAAGAGGCAAAAUCUUCAGCUGUGCGUUGGACGAAUACUAAACAUUUUGAUUGGAAACAUGGAGAACAAAGUUCAAGGAGUGUCAUCUGAUUCUAACAGGAAGCUGAACCUGUACUCGGUGCACGACACCACCCUGAUGCCCUGCCUUAUGGCCCUGGGAAUCUUCGACAUGAAGUGGCCACCCUACGCCGCCGAGAUCACACUGGAGCUCCACCAGCACCGCGUCACCAGGGAGGCCUUCGUCAAGGUGUCUUACAUCGGCCAGGACAAGCUGAUCCCAGGUUGCAGUGGAAUCUACUGCUCCCUGAAAGAAUUCAAAGAGGCCAUGUCAGCCUAUUCCAUCAAUGCCGACAACUACAGGUCACUAUGCAACCAGACCUCUGAGGACUGAAGAACUUUCCCACACAUUUGCUUUUUAUCAACUUGUGACCACAUUCAAUCUUGGCAGCAAUGUGGCCUGUUCUAAACCUCAAGUUCAAGCAAGUUUCUUUUCAUUUUUUUAGUUUUCUUACAAACAAGUUUGGCAGUUUCUAAAGCUAAUUGAAAAAUGUUUAAAAAUCAAAAAGAAAAACUUGAACAUUUCUCCAAGAUUGAAUCUGGGGCAUAGCAAUAGAUUUGGCUGAGCAAGUUUUAUCAUGUUAGUUGUGCAGUACAUGUUUACUUUGAGUAAUAAAAUAAUGAAUUCAAAUUUUACUGGAAAUAAGGGCUUACUGUGAAAUCCCCAGCAGUAUACUUUUAUUUUGAAAAGCUGCAAAAUAGAAAUGUUUUACAGGGACUACACGGUGCUUUGUCAAUGUUUGGAAGUAAAUUUAAUUAAAGAUUGACUGUCUCACGCA